ACACGUGUACCUCUUUUUCGACCUCUCCGUAGAUUCCCAACAAUUCUGACACACACUCAACAAUUUCCCAGAAACUCUCUGACAAUGGAAUCAAAGAAAUUGGCGGCUUUGAUUACGUCACUCAUCUCCGAUCUCCUCCUCCUCCUCCUCCUCUCUCCGACCACCGACUCCAUUGAUUCAGAUUACAAUUUCAAUUUCAAUUGCUAUGCAAAUCUUAUUUACUCCCAAGAAAUGGCUGCUUCUCUUUCAAUUCUGAAUCUUUCCAAGAAAAGAAAACGAACCCAUCUCUCAGAAUUUGAUUCUGACGCAACUUAUCUCGGUAAAAAACCUAAACUCGGAAAUCGACUCACUGAGUUAUACCGUGUUGCUCAUACUCCAGACAUGUUCAGAACUUUCUUCAAAAUGAAAGCUUCCACCUUUGAAUGGCUUUCUGGUUUACUCGAACCUUUACUUGACUGCCGUGACCCAAUCGGUUCACGGUUAAAUCUGUCGGCUGAGUUAAGGUUAGGUGUCGGUCUGUUCAGAUUAGCAACCGGGUCGAAUUACUCUGAAAUUGCUGACAGAUUUGGGGUUACCGAGUCAGUGACUCGGUUUUGUGUAAAGCAAUUAUGCCGUGUGUUAUGCACUAAUUUUCGAUUCUGGGUCGCAUUUCCUUCUGCUACUGAGUUAAAAUCCGUGUCAAACGAGUUCGAAAAGCUUACAGGAAUGCCGAAUUGCUGUGGUGUUAUAGACUGUACAAGAUUUCAAAUCGAUGGUGAUCAUGAUGAUUAUAGCGUUGCUGCUCAAAUUGUUGUUGAUUCAUCUUCAAGAAUAUUGAGCAUUGUGACGGGUUUUCGCGGCGAAAAAGGUAGUUCUAGAGCUCUUAAAUCAACUACUUUAUAUAAAGAUAUUGAAUCAGGAAAACUAUUGAAUUCAAGUUCUGUUAGUGUUAAUGGAGUUUCUGUAAAUCAGUACUUAAUAGGCAAAAAGUACCCUUUGCUCCCUUGGUUAAUGGUGCCAUUUCUUGAUGCUUUGCCUAAUUCAGAUGAAGAGAGAUUUAACUGUGCAAUUGAUGAAAUGCAUUUAUCUUCACUUAGAGCAAUUUGUAGCCUGAAAAAUUGGGGUGUUUUGAGUAAGCCAAUUGAAGAAGAGUUGAAGACUGGUGUUGCUGUGAUUGGUGCAUGUUCAAUUCUUCAUAAUGCAUUGUUAAUGAGAGGUGAUGACUCGGCAUUGCUUGAUUUGGAUGAUUGUUCUGUGUUGGAUCAUCAAGAACAUUAUGUGGAUGGUGAAAUGGAGGAGAUUAAGGUUGAUAAGAAGGCUUUUGAUAUCAGAAAUGCAUUGGUUACAAGAGUGAUAGAGUUGAAUAAAUCUUGAUUACAGGAAAAUGAGACAUUUGGACACAGAUACGGCGAAAUGGUAUUUUAUGUUAAAAUAUGAAGUUUCAUGACUGAAACGCCAAGUUUCCGGAUCUUUUUGAAACGGAAAAUGUUGAUUGAAUGAAGUGUUCAGAUACUUUGAGAUGGGUACUUGAGGAUUUUGUUCAUGAAAACAAUGAGCUUGAUUU